AGUUCCACCUGGCAGCACACAGCGUUCAGAAGACAAGUUCUAAAAAUUGAUCUCCUGUUAAAGAAAUGUUUGCGACUCACCAGGAUCAGCAGCCAUGAGGGCAUCCAUCAGAGGACCCAUAGGAAGCCUGCUUCCCGUCCUGCUCGGUGUGUUCCUGUUCCAUCCUGAAGGGGGCGUGGCUCUGGAGCUGUUGCCUUCUUCCUCCGAAGUUCUGCUACAUUCAGAGUCUAACUUCACCGUGGUGUGUUCAGGGUGGAGUUCAGUGAAGUGGCGCUUACCUCAGGCCUCUGAUGGGGGUCAUGGGGUUCUAGUGGAGGAUGCAGGCACCAGCAGCACCCUGAGGUUCAUUAACGCCACCUGGAGGAACUCUGGCAGAUAUACGUGUGAGGAACCGUCAGCUGAUCAGAGCAGAGCUGUGGACGUCUUCAUAUCUGGUCAAGGCCCAGAACAAUGGUUUGUGCCCCAGAGUUCCCUCCACGUUUACAAGUACACCGAUGAGGGUACUGUCCCCUGCGUGGUCUCCAACCCAAAGCUCAAUGUCUCUCUGUACGAACGACCUGACAAAACCAAAGUCGACAAGGUGAAAUACGAGCCGGCUCUGGGCUUCACGGGUCCUUUGAAUGAUGCAGGACAUGUGUGUGUGGCCAGGAACGGAGACGAGGAGAAAGAGUCCCAGGUGUUCUAUGUCUUCACUGUUUUUGAUUCUAAGAAGAUGGAGGUGGAGCUCUCUGUGUCCAGCCAGGUCCUAAAGCAGGGAGAGGAUCUGACGGUAAACUGCACAGUCAGAGACGUGGAUAUGGUGUUCUUCUCCUGGAACUUCCCUCGCAGAUCGGAAAUAGAGCCUCUCACAGACUUCCUGCCCAAUGAAAUUCGCUCAUUUGUUAACAUCUCCAUGGCAACAGUGUCAGACUCAGGUGUGUAUGUUUGUAAGGCUCAGGACUCACAACUGAGAUGGACUGUGAGAAAAAACAUCUCCAUAACUGUUCUUGACCGAGGCUAUGUACACCUGCGCCCCUCAGGGAACACCAACAUCUCCUCUCCUGUCCACUACACCGUUGAGCUGAAGGUUCUGGUUGAUGGCCAUCCUGCCCCAAACCUCACCUGGUCCAGACUUAACUACACUAUCAGCCCAGCAAGCAUUAACUCCACUCACUUGAAGGGCCACAGAUAUGUGAGCACCCUGACCCUGCAUCAGGUGCAGUUGGAACACACAGGAACCUACAAGGUGACGGCAGUCAACGAGGAUGACACCAAGGAGGUCACAUUCUACUUAGAGGUCACAGCCCCCCCAAGGAUCGUGUCUCUGGUAGAAGUGGACAAGAGCGCCAUCCUAUGUGUCAGUGAAGGAGUCCCCUGCCCAUCCGUUACCUGGUACACCUGUCCAGCCUCCAUCAGGUGCAGUAAUCUGAGUGAUGGCUGGAUGAGCCAAUCAGGGGAACAAAACACCACCACAGUGACAGAAGGAGGAGUUGCCAGGGUACGAAGUGUUCUGACCCUGAAAACUCUGAGCUCAGUGUCGGCUGUUCGCUGUGAAGCGACCAACACCGCAGGAGGGCGGGUCCGCGACCUGCGGGUCCUCAGAGCCUCUCUCCUUUCCCAACUCAUUGUUCUGGUUGCAGUUCUGGUUCUGGUGAUUUUGGGUGUCAUCUUCUUCAUCAUCCUCAUUGCUCUCUGGAGAAAUAAACCUCACUAUGAACCUCGCUGGAAGCUCAUCGAGUCCCCAAGUUCUGAAGGACACCAGUGGACCUACGUGGACCCUGAAGACUUGCCUUUAAGCUCAACCUGGGAAAUACCCAGGGACCAUGUGGUACUAGGUCAGGUCCUGGGCUCGGGUCCAUUUGGACGUAUUGUUGAGGCAACAGUUUCUGGUCUGACUGACUCUGACACACGAACAAAAGCUGCAGUGAAGAUGAUGAAAUACAAAAGGGAUGGAGUUCAGUCCCUGAUGUCCGAAUUAAAGGUUUUGGGUUAUGUUGGUCCUCAUCUGAACAUUGUCAACCUGCUGGGAGCCUGCACCUCACAAGGUCCGGUUUACCUCAUCACUGAGUUCUGUCCUCACGGAGACCUGCUAGGCUACCUGCAUCGGAACAAAGCCACAUUUGGUCAGAUGGAUGCGCCCAGAAGGAGUAACAGUGAUGGAGGCUACAUGGACAUGAACAAAGACGAGAGGGGGCGUUAUGUCCCUCUGAAAGAGCUCAGAGAUGCUGUGCAUGAACCAGCCCCCCCAGGAGUCUACCAGGAGGUGACAUCGCUCCUACUCAGUGACUCCCCCAUUCUCACUCUGCAAGACCUGCUCAGCUUCUCCUUCCAGGUCGCUCAGGCCAUGGACUUCCUGUCCUCCAGGAAGUGUGUCAACAGAGACCUGGCUGCCAGAAAUGUCCUGGUCUGUAAUGGGAAGCUGGUGAAGGUCUGUGACUUUGGGCUGGCCAGAGACCUUCAGAAGGAUCAAGACUACAUCAUCAGGGGGAAUAGCUUCCUGGCGCUGAAGUGGAUGUCUCCAGAGACCAUCUUCCAGAACAUCUACAGCUCUGAGAGCGAUGUCUGGUCCUAUGGAGUCUUACUGUGGGAGAUCUUCUCUCUGGGUCGCAGUCCGUACCCUGAACUCCGAACAACCCGACAGUUUGGUUCUGCUCUGAAGAGAGGACACAGAAUGGACCGACCAGAACAUGCGCCGUCUGUCAUGUAUGAUAUCACACUAACGCUUGUUACAUCACAUAUACAGAGUCACACCAAGAGGGAGGAUCAGUCAGAACCUUUAUUCCAACCUCAACUUUGA